AGAAAGAGAGAUUCGUGCCGCGAACGGUCACCGCGGGUGAAGGAGCCAAGGAGGUACCCGAUUGUGAAACCGCGAAAGUCGCUUGGGUGUCGCGGUUCUGUUCCCCCUUCCACUCGGCAUCGCCGCGACGAGAGUAACGCGAGGAAGCGUGAGGCGGAGCGAGACGGUGAGAGAAUGAGAGAGAGAGCGAAGAGGACAGCACGCGUUCGUAAGAUGGAGAGAGAAGGAGUGCGCGAGAGAAAGGACUCGAGCGGGCUCUUAUCGUCAAGUUAGUCGCGCGCGGCGAACCUUCCGUCCCACCGUCGUCGAAUCUUCCGUUGCGCGCGUUGCCGAGAGUGACAGUCGCGAACCCCGUGACCCGAGUUGCCAGAGCUCCGCUCGAGUAUCGGGACUGUUGGACGUUUUCCGCCUCCCUUCGGUGAGGGUGAAGGCAAUCUAAUCUAUCUAGUGUUUUCGAUUGGAAUCGUGAAUCAUUGCCGUGAACGCUGUAGACGUAACUAUAAAUGUGACUAAACAUACAGUAGCCGCGUACGAGGUGUUCGGGGAUUGUCGUGAUCGUGCGGUGUUUUGUUUGGUAUCUACAGGGAAGAGCAGACCGAAGAGAGAGAGAGAGAGAGAGAGAGAGAGAGAGAAAGAGAAAGCGGGCCGUGCGACGACGCGCGCACUAUCGCCCGCGCGGUCACGUGGAUCGGGAAACAAAAGGCGGAACGCGACCGUGUUCAUUGAUGACGAGUCCGUCGCGUCGAUGCCGUGCGCGCCGCGCCGGUGGCAUCGCGUUACGUUAGCUCUCAAGUUGGCGCGCUCCGCAUCGUAUAUAUGCGCGCGCGCGCGCAACCUCGACUCCGGAAUCUCCGGUCGUAACGCCGCGAAUUGAAUCGUUCGCGAAACAGCGGCAGGAGCAUCUGUGGUAAUUUUGCGUCGCAACAAGUGCCUAUGAGAGACAAGGGAAGAGACAGUCUUACCGUCUACUUGAUAAAACGAGAGUAUACGUCGUUCUCGCGAGAAGCGUGCGAAGCCUUUGGUGGACCGUAGGUUGCCGUACGUGUCGAUCUUGACCGCGGUCAAGCCCCGCGAGAGCGUGACACCGCCGCUCGGCCAGAUGCUCCCCUGCGCUCGGAAGUCAGGCACGAUCGUCGGCACGCCAGUGGGGUGGAUGCGGAGGAUGCGCGUCACGCAAACAACGGUGAAGCCGAUGGUAGAGGACGACGCGCGGUCGGCAUCGCGCGUUACAAUCGACCACCUUGGUGGCAAUCAUUGAGAACUGGCUUAUCCUGCGGUGGAUUUAGGGGGCUGUAUGGAGGCCGGGGGGCUCCUGCCCCGACAGCCCCCGCAAGGCCCCCCCGGCGUCGCCCCCGGCACCAUCUCCGUGUGCGCGGGCCAGGGCCCGAACGGGCACGCCGGCAACGUCCUCGGCCAAUCCGCGGCCGCGAUCCACGAAUUAAACGCCGGUCAGCUGGGCAUAGCCAGCCAACAGCAAUUGCACCUGCAACAGCAGCAGCAACAACAACAGCAUCAACAGCAGCAACAGCAGCAAAUGGGUCAAGCACCCGGUAUGGGUGAGGUACUCACCCCGAAGAGGCAGGCGAUCGUAGACCGCCUGCGACGAAGACUCGAGAGUUACCGGCGCAGACAGAACGACUGCAUCCCCAGGUUCGAUCAGAGUUUCAACGGAUUGUGCGAGCAGAACAUACAGGACACCUUGGUGCUGAAGCAACGCUUCCUCGAGAGCAAGGCCAAGCGGCAAGCCAAGAAGACGGACAAGAAGCAGAACGAUCCGAUCGGCCUCUCCAACGUUCACAUGCAGCCGAAAUUCCUCAAGAGGACGACCGAGGAGUUGGAGUCAGCCGGUGGUGCCAGUGGCGAUGGCGGCUUCGGCGAGCCGCCGGUUAAGCUGCAAUGCACGCAAGGACCUCAUCAGCAUCAACAGGGUCCUGGCGGUGGUGGUGGCGGUGGACCUCAUCACGGCCACGGCCAGCAUCAACCGGGGAACGGCGCGAACUCGACGGGUCCAACACCCGGUGGCGGUGGUGGCGGUGACGGGAACGAAGGUCUCACCAAGUUUCAAGUUCAGAUCGUACAGCAACUGGAAUUUACAACUUCGGCCGCGAAUAAUUCACAAGCCCAAGCAAUCUCUACGAAUGUAACGGUAAAAGCGUUAACGAAUGCAUCGGUGAAAAGCGAUCUUUUAAAUGCGUCAUCGUCACCAAAACCUGGUUCAGACACGUCUGCGUCAGCCGCUUCGAGACCGCAGCCCGGAAACGGCAGCGGCCCCGGAGGUCCUGGCGGACCCGGAGCUGGUGGUGGUGCCGGUGGCGCUGGCGGUAGCGGUGGAAUCGGUUGCGUUGACAUUGGUAAUCUAGUCGAAUGUAAACAGGAACCCGACAAUGAGUUUGUGGAUCUGGAACAAUGCGCUGCGGCAUUAGAGAAAGAUGCCGCGGCGAACGGCACUGGUUUCCCCGGCUUCUCCGAAUUCAUGGGUGAUGAUACUGGCGACGAGAUUAUCACGUCGGACGCAUUCAAGGAUCUCAUUUCCGAAAUAUCGGACUUCCAUCCGGAGUUUAUGAAGGACUUUGACUUUGAAGAUAAGAGCGUCGAUACGUUGGCGAACAAUCGGCGCAUCAACCGCAAUAAUAACGGUAUGCCAACGAAUAACGGACAGAUCAAGAUUGAGGACGACAAGGAUGCGAUUCAUCAGCAGCAACAACAGCAUGCCAAUGGCGCGAACAACGGCGUCAACAGCAACAACGUCGGCAGUAACAACGGUAACACGAUGCCGGCUAACUCGAGCCCAGGCACUCUUGGAUCUUCGCAAUAUUCUCCCGCUCGACUUCCUUACUCUGGAUUAGACUUCAAAUCUGAGAUGAGUCCGGCGGCGCAGACGCUCAAGCAGAUGGCCGAGCAGCAUCAGCACAAGAGCCAGCAAUUGGGUCUAGGUGGAUUCAACCCCACGGCAGCAGCGGCAGCCGCCGCGGCACGAGGCCCAGCGGCGAGAUCCCCUUACGCCGAAUUUCCUCAAUUCGGCGGCGCUUCCGAUUACCUUGGCAGUCCUGGUAGCACCGGCCCAACCGGUGGACAAAACCAGGCCACGGCCGCGGGGACCGGCUCGUAUCACAAGAACAAUGGCACUCCGACCUUCCAGAGUCAGCAGACCAACGAUAUGUUCGUCAGUUCGCAAACUCAGUUUGCUGCGGGCCUCACGGAUAUGAAGAGGCCCCAACCAACUGCGACAGGCGGCAAGCCUGGCAUGUUGGGGCCUAGCGGCGGUUACAAACAACAAUACUCGCCGUAUGGUAGUCCGGGUUCAAUGCCGAAUCACGGUAGCCCGGGUUAUCCGUUACCACCAAGAGGAUCGCAAGGAGGUGGACCUAACCAGACCGGUUCGCAAGGACCUUUUAACACGACCUCCACGCCGCCGAGACCUCCUUCGGGACCCGGUACUUCCACCUUGCAAAUCAAUCAGGCACAACAGCUGCACAUCGGUAAUCAGAUACAGGUGUCGGCGGGCCAACAUUUACAGGUCACGAGCGAGCUGAAACCGGUCGUAUCUGUCGCGGCGCAGCAGGGCAUGUACUUCAAUCAGCAGCAGCCGCAGAAUCAGGCCGGGCCAUCGGCUAAUCAGGCCGACGCCUACUGCUCGGUCUCGCAGUCCCAAACCAUCAAUUUCACUCAGCAGAGUCUAAGGCAGCGGGCCACGGCCGCGGCCACCGGCGGAAUGCCGCAGCCGGGUGCUGCCGGCCCAGGAACACGAGGUCAUCCGCAGCAGGUGCCGCCGGGCCAGGUCGAUCAACAUCAGCACGCGAAGCUUCUUCAACAGCAGCAGCAAUUGAUGCGCGCGCAACAGGUGAUGCAGCAGCAGCAGCAGCAUAUGGCAGGUGGAAUGGGAAGCGUAAGGCCGCCACCCCCAGAAUACAAGGCUGCAGCCCAGGCACAGAUGAUGCAUGCUAGUAUCGGUAUGGGUCAGCAAGCGAGGUUUGCAAAUACUGGGCCCAUGCGCAGAGUUACGCAACAACCUAUGCCACCGUCGGGUCCGAUGAUGAGGCCGCAAAUGGCGCAACAACAGCAGCAGCAGGCGUUACACGCGGCCGGCGGUAAUAUGUACAUGGGCGGCGGCGGGAUGGCUGCCAUCGGCAAUAUGCAUCAGAUGCAUCAACGGCUAGGCUACCCGAGAACCAACAAUCAACGGCCGCCCAACGUCAGCGUUGGACCUCCGGACGGCCUUGGAAACAGCAUCGCGGGUCGCGGGGCCCAGCAGGACCAAUGGCGACACGCAGUUUUGAUGCAACAACAGCAGGGCUUUCAGGCACAAAUGCGCUCGCAAUUCAACCAGCAAAGUCACCAAGGUGCUUUUGGCAUGGGCGGCGCGGGCAACACAAUGCAAAUGACUGCGGCGCAGAUGCAACAUCAACAGUUAAUUCGUUCGCAAAACGGCGGCAUAGCUGGCUCGGGGAUGUCCAACAGCACGCAGAUGCAACAGCUGUUGACGCAACAGCACCAACAACAAACGCUGGCUAUGCAGCAGAAUAAUAAUCAGAUGUCGUUGCAGAUGCAGAUGUCACAGACAACGUCUGUAAAUUCAGUCAACGUUACUGGGACCGGUUCUCCUCUGCAUCCGCAUCAACAGUAUGGUGCAGGUAGCCCUGGAGUACGUAGUCUACCGCCACCGCAGCAGCACGCUCAGCCGCCACCACCGGCCACCGCUACGGAUCCGUCCGUGACGGCCCCUGACUUUACCCUCGAAUUCUUGGAGAACCUUCCUACGGGAGACACGUCAAACUUUAGCGCCCAAGAGCUGCUUAAUUCUCUCGACUCUACGGCCGGUUUUAAUCUCGAUAUUCUGUAAUGGAACCGUACCUACAGUAUGGUCGGUUUAGAUGUCGGUGCCUGGCGAUAUGCCGAUUUUACUACGAUGUCAAGCGAGUAAGAUCGACCCCUUAAAGUGUAUACUUAGCGCAACGGUACCGACGAAUUUCACUUCGUCCGCGUAUUGAUCUGCUUUCUUCCCAUCGUGUUUUCCCUUAUUGUAUCAAACGAAUCGAUUUUCUCAGUGCAUUUUUGGAAGAGACCAUCGACCCGGAUGUCCCUUUUCGAAUCUUCGAUUUUUAAUUACAAAAAAGCAUUGUCUAUAAACGAAACGUUUGAUUCAAGUGAAUUUUAUUAGAGUUCUAAAAGGUAUUGAUGGAAAUAAUAAUAUUAUGAUAGAGGACCGACUCUUUUUUGAGCUCGAUGUUGAGAAAACGGAUGCAGAUUGAUGAUACUUUGUUAUAUUCAAUGACUGACAAUUGCGAAUGACGACAGUUACCCACCGGUGCGACAAAGUCCCACAACCGGUCGUAGUGCAUUCUCGGUCACCGCUUCCGCGGCCGCCGACUAUUCUUUUAGGCAAUCAUAUUUUAGUAAAAUUUAAUUUUGUAAUAACCGCCGAAGGGCAAGGAAGUUUAGCCCUGGAGAUGUGGUAGCGUGGGAUAUCAAGAGGUACGUGGAAAUCGUUCUAUCGUUUUCUCGUCGGGCAACGAUACCCAUUUUUGAGAAAAGACGAUACAAAGCCAGGAGAUCGCGGUUCCUAUUUUCUUUUCAAGUUCGCCCACGCUUGGCUAUAUCGAGAACGAUCGAUAAAUUUCCGAGUGCUCACGUCGACGACUUCGACAACUGCGAUGACUUCGACGAGCAUUCCGCAAGACGAUUCUCCUCUCUCUUGAUUUUUCACGUUGAAAAUUUGCGCAAGUAGAUAGAGAUAUUGAUAUUGAUAAAGAGGCCACGAUUAUAGAGUUUACUCGAUUGAAUCUAUUCGGUCGAAAAAAUUGGUUACCUUGCGCCGACUCGUCGUUGCAAAACGUCCAAGAUUUCUGGACAGGCGAGCCUGGCCGGGCGUUAAUACUUUAUAAGAGUAAUAAUGUAACAAUGUAACGAUUAUAUUAUAUCAUUAUAUCACAAUAGCGUAAUAAUAUAUCGUUAUAUUAUUACAUUAUUAUAAAAAUAAUAAUGUAGUAACGUAACGAUUAGAGAGUAGCGUAUUUAAUUAUGUCAUUAACGGCAUAUUUACAAUUAACAGCAAGUCAAUUAUCAAACAUCCAAUUUUAUGAGUUUGUGACGCGCGACGCAAAAUCGCGCACUAAUCUGAUCGGUCCGUACAUCGGAAAUUUUUACAGUAAGAAGGAUUGAAAAAAACUUCUUCCUAAACAUUGUUAGCGCUAAUACAGGAUAAAAUGGUCCUUCAUUGUAAAUAGAUAUUAAAAACUAGAAGAAAUUCGAAGCGUUAAGAUCGCACAGUUUAGCCGAUUAUAUAAGAGUAAGGAAUUUAAAAUAUAUAGAUAAAUAUUAUAAUGAGAUAAUAGUGAUUAAUGAUGUCGGUAAUAUGCAGGUGGAAAUGCGUGCAUGAAAGAAAUUAUGCGCGACUGAGAGGGAGCGUGUAGUAAAAGACGUGAAAAUGAAUGUAUCAGCGACAGGGCACAUUUGUUAAUUGGUAAAUAUAUUUAUUAAGUUUUAAUACCGAAUGUGCUGUGUCGCGCUGUGUCGAGGCUGCACACAAAUAAUCACGGUGAGAUAGAUUCCAUUUUCGACGCGGCGAACUACUUGUAUUUUCUAAAGGGGCAAUCGUUUCUCGAGAAUUUGCGCGGAGUGUAUCGUCGAAAUAUUCACCGUUCUUUUCUUUUUCUUAUUUUGUCAAACGGUAACAUCUUGAGCUUUAUUUUGAAGAUUUUUAAGAACCUAAAAAUAACGAACAAAAAAUCCUAAAGUUUGCGCUUUGUGUCAUUCGUAUAUGUGAAAUUGUUAAUGUAUAAUAGGUCACUAUGUAGUUCGAUGCUACGAGAGAGAGAGAGAGAGAGAGAGAGAGAGAGAGAGAGAGAAGGAGAGAAAAGGAAUCUGCGAUUAUUCUUCCAAAUAGCGAUACAUUCCAUAGAUAACAAAAAAGGAAUAGCGAUCUGUGGUUCGUCUAAUCAAAAGUACUGUUUAAAAAAAAAACAAAUACACGACAGAAAGAAAUAUUAAUGUUAUAAUAUAAGAGUAAAACAGAUAUAUUGAAUCCCGCGCUUACAUAUACAUACGCAGAAAGCACAUCCUCGACCGUUCGCCGAAAGUGUGCACGAAGACUUCCGAUCGGAUUUUAUUAUCGCUUGUCGCGACUGCGCUAGAAACUAGCAAGUCCCGCGCCAAGUGGAUUAGAAGAUAAUAAUAAUAAUCAUUUUUUAAAUUUCAAUCGGGUGGGGUAACACUAUCUUGUAAAAUAUUGGGGCCAUAAAACAUAAUCUAAAAAAAGAUAGGAAAGGAAGAGAAGAAGAAGAUUAGAGGCUGAUUCUCACGUCAAUACCUUUGUAAAAUCUUUGAGAAAAUCUCGACAAAAAUCAAUUACAUUGAUUUGUCCAUUUUGUAUGUUUCACGCGAGUGAGAGGAGAAGGGGAGAGGGAAGAGAGAACUGCGAGGAGGCGAAACUGCGCAUUGUUAUAGGGAAGAGCAUCAGGGACCAACCGAGAGAUAGAGAUAGAGAGAGAGAGAGUGAGA